AGUGCUGGGAUUACAGGCGUGCACCACCACGCAUGGCCCCAUUUUCAAGAAAGGUUUUCUGUUUCCUGGGGAGGCAGCCGGCCCAGAGAGGUGCUGGGAUUUACCGUACGUUCACAGCCGGCAAGAAGCAGAGACUCAGUCCAACAAACACCUAAUCCUGCGCACUCUGCCUCGGAAGCAGACAUGAGGACGAGGUAUUUGAAACUCACCUGGUCCUGGCCUGAGAUGCAGGGAAGCUGAAAAGUGGAAACCAAGGGAGCUUGCCUCCUGUGGCCUUCACAGCCCCACGAUGGUGCUCCCAUGCCAGUGAGUCUACUAGAAGCCAGGCUCUUGUCUACGCAUUUUUACAUCCAACAACUCAUUUGAGUUUUUCAGACAAGACGCGGACAGGUUAACUGUCCAAGGGCAAGGGAGUGAUAAGUGGAGAUUUGAACCAGGGCAGUCUGUCUCCGCAGCAAUCUGAAGAUGGGUGGUGAUCAGCCCCAGAGCUAAGAGCUGCUGGCUCCCUCCAGCCCAAAAAAAAGCAAUGACGCCUGACUCCUAGCCAGCUGGGGGCGGGGCAGAGGUGGAGCCAGGGAGACCCAGGCGGCCCGGGAGAACCAGAGCACAGAGGGACGGCAGAGUGGCCCGGGCGCAGCAUGAGGCACAGCGGGGGCGCAGGGCUGCUCAUCCUGGGAGCACUGGUCUUCACAGAGGCAUGUGGGCAGCGUGGACCCGGCCCCCCUGCGCCUCAGGAGGGCAACACACUACCCGGAGAAUGGCCCUGGCAAGCCAGCGUGCGACGGCAGGGAGUCCACAUCUGCAGUGGCUCCCUGGUGGCAGAUACCUGGGUCCUCACGGCUGCCCACUGCUUUGAAAAGGAAGCAGCAACAGAACUGAGUUCCUGGUCCGUUGUCCUGGGUUCUCUGCAGCGUGAGGGGCUGAGUCCAGGGGCUGAGGAGGUGGGGGUAGCUGCCCUGCAGUUGCCCCGGGCCUUUAACCACUACAGCCAGGGCUCAGACCUGGCCCUGCUACGGCUGGCCCACCCCACGACCCGUACGCCCCUCUGCCUGCCCCAACCUGCCCAUCGCUUCCCUUUUGGAGCCUCUUGCUGGGCCACUGGUUGGGAUCAAGACACCAGUGAUGCUCCCAGGACCCUCCGGAACCUGCGCCUGCGUCUAAUCAGCCGCCCCACAUGUAACUGUCUCUACAACCGGCUGCACCAGCGUCUGCUGGCCAGCCCAGCCCGGCCCGGGAUGCUGUGUGGGGGUGCCCAGCCUGGGGUGCAGGGACCGUGCCAGGGAGAUUCUGGGGGCCCUGUGUUGUGCCGAGAGCCCAGUGGAUACUGGGUUCAGGCUGGGAUCAUCAGCUUCGCAUCCAGAUGUGCCCAGGAAGACACGCCUGUGCUCCUGACCGACACCGCUGCUCACAGCUCCUGGCUGCAGGCGCGUGCUCAGGGGGCAGCCUUUCCGGCCCAGAACCCAGGGACCCCGGAGACCAGCGAUGAGGACAGCUGUGUAGCCUGUGGAUCCUUGAGGGGAGCGGGUCCCCUGGCAGGAGCCCCUUCUCCGUGGCCCUGGGAUGCGAGGCUGAAGCACCAGGGGAAGCUGGCCUGUGGGGGAGCCUUAGUAUCAGAGGAGGUGGUGCUGACAGCGGCCCACUGCUUCAUCGGGCGCCAGACCCUGGAAGAAUGGAGCGUAGGGCUGGGGGCUGGCGCAGAGGAACGGGGCCUGAAGCAACUCACCCUGCACGGGGCCUACACACACCCAGAAGGGGGCUAUGACGUGGCCCUCUUGCUGCUAGCCCAGCCUGUGACACUGGGUCCCAGUCUGCGACCCCUCUGCCUGCCCUAUGCUGACCACCGCCUGCCUGACGGGGAACGUGGCUGGGUCCUGGGGUUGGCCCAAGAAGCAGGCCUGAGCUCCCUGCAGACAGUCCCUGUGACCCUCUUGGGGCCUAGGGCCUGUGGCCGGCUACAUGCAGCCCCUGGGGGUGACGGCAUCCCCAUUCUGCCAGGGAUGGUGUGCACCAGUGCUGUGGGCGAGCUGCCCCACUGUGAGGGCCUAUCGGGGGCACCGCUGCUGCGUGAGGUCAGGGGCACAUGGUUCCUGGCCGGGCUACACAGCUUUGGAGAUGCCUGCCAAGGCCCUGUGAGGCCCGCCGUCUUCACGGCGCUGCCCGCCUAUGAGGACUGGGUCAGUAGUUUAGACUGGCAGGUCUACUUUGCUGAGGAGCCGGAGCCCGAAGAAGAGGCGCCCGAGCCUGAGGUGGAGGCUGGGAGCUGCCUGGCCAACUCACGCCAACCGGCCAGCUGCUGACAGUGACGCUCUAGGCUGUUCACAGGACGUGGGAAAAGUGAGACGCCUCCCAUGUCACCGUGCCUGCCCCUCC